AUAUCAUAAUCAUAUCAAAAAUCUGACAUUAUUUUGAUAUUUUCUCUCUCCUUUUCUUUUCACUUUAAUUUUUACCAAAACCUUUGUCGCCGGAGAUAAUGAACCGCUGCAUCGCCGGCGUACCAUUAAUCGUACUCUUGCUUUUGAUUACAGUCGUUGAGAGCCGUCAGAUUUCUGACGAGUUUAUUCGAUUGCCGUCUGAUCGUUUUUCAUUACUUGAUCAUGCUUUUCCUCAAAUUGACGCCGUUGAUGAUGAUUCUGUUGGAACUAGAUGGGCGAUUCUGAUUGCUGGGUCUAAUGGGUACUGGAAUUACAGGCAUCAGGCUGACGUUUGUCAUGCUUACCAAAUUUUGAAGAAAGGUGGUUUAAAAGAUGAAAAUAUUAUUGUUUUCAUGUAUGAUGACAUCGCUUAUCAUGAGGAGAAUCCGAGACCCGGGGUCAUCAUCAAUAAUCCCUAUGGAAGUGAUGUCUACGCUGGAGUCCCAAAGGAUUAUACUGGGGAACAUGUGACUGUCAACAAUUUUUUGGCAGCGUUACUUGGUAACAAAGAAGCUAUUACUGGUGGCAGUGGAAAGGUGGUGGAUAGUGGCCCUAAUGAUCAUAUAUUUAUCUAUUAUUCGGACCAUGGUGGUGCUGGUGUGCUCGGUAUGCCUACAACUCCAUUUCUCUAUGCUGAUGAGCUGAUAUAUACAUUGAAGAAAAAGCAUGCUGCUGGAACCUAUAAGAGCUUGGUAUUUUAUGUUGAAGCCUGUGAGUCUGGCAGCAUUUUUGAGGGUCUUCUUCCUGAAGGACUUAACAUUUAUGCUACCACCGCGUCAAAUGCUGUAGAGAGUAGUUGGGGGGCCUAUUGUCCUGGUGAUUAUCCUAGCCCUCCUGCAGAGUAUGAUACAUGUCUGGGUGAUUUGUAUAGUGCGGCUUGGAUGGAAGACAGUGAGAGCCACAACUUGCGGACCGAAACCUUGAAGCGCCAAUAUGAACUGGUUAAGAUGAGGACAGCCAAUGGAGGCUCUUAUUAUGGCUCUCAUGUCUUGCAGUUUGGUGAUAAAGUGCUUAGCAAAGACAAACUCUACAUGUACAUGGGUACAAAUCCUGCUAACGAGAAUUUUACAUUUGUUGAUGAUAACGCAUUGCGCCCAAGGUCCUCUAAAGCUGUCAACCAGCGGGAUGCUGAUCUUGUCCACUUUUGGGAAAAGUUUCGCAAGGCCCCUGAAGGCUCUGAAAAAAAGAUGGAAGCCCAGGCACGGUUCGUGGAGGCAAUGUCACAUAGAGUUCACCUAGAUCACAGCGUUAAACUUGUUGGCAAGCUAUUGUUUGGAAUUACGAAGGGUCCAGAGGUCCUUCAGACUGUCCGGCCUGCUGGGCAGCCCCUUGUUGAUGACUGGAAAUGUCUAAGAACACUGAUUAAAACUUUUGAGAUGCAUUGCGGAUCUCUAUCUCAAUAUGGAAUGAAGCACAUGCGCUCCGUCGCAAAUAUUUGCAAUGCUGGAAUCACAGCCGAUCAGAUGGCUGAAGCAUCAGCACAGGCUUGCCCUACCGUUCCUUCCAGUCCGUGGAGUUCUCUGCACAGGGGAUUCAGUGCUUGAUUGGUUGAUCCUGCUGCAUACUAACAAAGCCAGAGCAAUGUACAAAAUGAUAGAAAGGAUAUGAAUAUGCGAAAAUUCACAUUUGAGGAACUGUCAAUUUACCUCAAAGGUUCCUCUGUAUCCCCACAUUCCUUGUAAAAGCAUUUCCUGUAAAUAUACCGUGCCUGCUUACUGAAUUUUAUUUGGAAUGUAAAAGCAGUGUUGUUAAUGUUGAAAUUCAUCUAAUCACAUAUCCUUUAAGGGGGUGUUUGGUUCGGAAAA